ACACAUGUAAGAACUAAUACUUAUUUGUCAUUACUUAUUAACCUAAUGUAUGUGAAUGAUUGGUGAAGGAAUAUUAAAACAAGUUUAAAUUAAGAAAAAAAAUAAUAGAUUUAUAUAAAUUAAAACACUAAACAAAUGUCUGGUUAUACGGGAACAGACAAUUAUUGGGGACAAUCUCCCCAAGGACAAUAUAAUUUUGAUCCUUCUGGUUUUGGACAACCUAACCAACAAUUUGAAUUUCAAACAUAUAAUGAUCAACAAUCUGGAGAUUUUUCUUACACGCAAAAAAGUUAUCUUGAUCCUACACAAAGUGCAUAUACUGGUGGAUCAACCGGAUUCGUAGAUGAAGAAGAAGAACCACCUCUUUUAGAAGAAUUAGGCAUAGAUCCAGAUCGAAUAUUACAAAAAACAUUAGCUGUAUUAAAUCCAUUUCAUAGAAAAGGACAAAUAGAUGAUGCAAAUUAUUUACUUCAAGAUUCAGAUUUAGCAGGGCCAGUAGCAUUUUGUUUAAUACUUGCUACAUUUCUUACAUUAGCUGGUUCAAAAGCACAUUUUGGUUAUAUUUAUGGUUUAGCAAUGACUUCAUGCAUUUUUAUGUAUAUUCUUCAAUCAUUAAUGAGUACUUCUACUAAUAUUACAUUAUCUUCUGUAGCAUCUGUAUUAGGUUAUUGUUUAUUACCAGAAGUAGUUCUUGCUGGUCUUAGUAUUUUCACAACUUUACAGGCUACAAUUGGUCUAGUUCUUUCUAUGUUUGCUGUUGCUUGGUCAACACUUUCUGCAUCUAGACUUCUUACAACUAUGUCAGGAGAAGAAAAUCAGCGACUACUCAUUGCUUAUCCUUGUGGUCUACUUUAUGGGGUUUUUACAUUAAUAAUAAUAUUCUAAAACAAAAUUCAUUCAUUUUUAAGAACUUUUUAUGUAAAAAAAUCUUAUUUUUUAAAAUAUACGUA